AUGCUAUCGGUACUCAGAAGCGGUGUGAGAAGAGGGCCUAUACUAUCUCGUGGCUUCUCACAAUCAGUUCUUCGUAGGGCAGAUGUGGAGGUGACUGUUGACAAUGUUAAAGUGAAAAUUGAAAAUGGUUCUUCAAUUAUACAGGCUUGUGAUAAAGCUGGUGUUACUGUUCCUCGUUAUUGUUAUCAUGAUAAAUUAGCCAUUGCUGGUAAUUGUCGUAUGUGUUUGGUUGAAGUGGAAAAAGCACCAAAAUUGAUUGCAUCUUGUGCUUUCCCCGUUAGAGAAGGUAUGGUUGUUAAUACAGAUACGGUAAAAGUUAAGAAUGCUAGGGAAGGUAUUACUGAAUUUUUACUUCAAAAUCAUCCUUUAGACUGUCCAAUUUGUGAUCAAGGUGGUGAAUGUGAUUUACAAGAUCAAUCAAUGAGAUAUGGUGCUGAUCGUGGUAGAUUUAAAGAAGUUUCUGGUAAAAGAGCUGUGGAAAAUAAAGCUAUUGGACCUUUAAUCAAAACAUCCAUGAAUCGUUGUAUUCACUGUACUCGUUGUGUUAGAUUCUUAAAUGAUGUUGCAGGUGCACCUGAAUUAGGUACUACAGGUCGUGGUAAUGAUAUGCAAAUUGGUACUUAUGUUGAAAGAAAUGUUAAUUCUGAAUUAUCUGGUAAUAUUGUUGAUCUUUGUCCAGUUGGUGCCUUAACUUCUAAACCUUAUGCAUUUAGAGCUAGACCAUGGGAAUUGAAAAGAACUGAAAGUAUUGAUGUUUUGGAUGCUGUUGGUUCAAACAUUAGAGUUGAUUGUAGAGGUAUUGAAGUGAUGAGAGUUUUACCAAGAUUAAAUGAUUUUGUUAAUGAAGAAUGGAUUUCUGAUAAGACAAGAUAUGCAGUUGAUGGUUUAAGAACUCAAAGAUUAACUACACCAUUGAUUAGAACAGGUAAUAAAUUCGAACCUGCAACUUGGGAAGAAGCAUUAUCAACAAUUUCGAAUGCAUAUAAUAGAUUACAACCAAAAGGAAGUGAAAUUAAAGCUGUUGCUGGUGCUUUAUCAGAUGUUGAAUCCAUGGUUGUAUUGAAAGAUAUUAUAAAUAAAUUAGGAUCUGAAAAUUUAACAACUGAUGAUAUUGAUAGAAUUCAAGAACCAUCACCAUAUGGAGCUGACAUUAAAUCAAAUUUCCUUUUCAACACCUCAAUAGUUGGUAUUGAGGAAGCUGAUCAAAUCUUACUAGUGGGAACUAAUCCACGUCAUGAAGCAAGUGUUUUAAAUGCUAGAAUUAGAGGUACAUGGUUAGAUAACGAAUUGGAAGUACAUCAUGUUGGACAAGAAUUUGAAUCAACUUUUGAAUUAAACCAUUUAGGUGAAGACUCAAAUGCCUUAAAAGCUGCCUUAGAUGGUGAAGUUGGUAAAAAAUUAGCAAAUGCUAAAAAUCCAUUAAUCAUUGUUGGUUCUGGUGUUGUUAAUUCACCAGAUGCUAAAGGUAUUUAUUCAAUGGUUGGUAAAUUUAUUCAAAGAAAUAAGAAUUUCUUAACACCAGAAUGGAAUGGAUUUAACUUAUUACAACGUGAAGCAUCUCGUGCAGGUGCAUUAGAAGUUGGAUUCCAUAAUAAUUCAAAAGAAGCUGCUGGUACAAAACCAAAAUUCAUUUAUCUAUUAGGUGCAGAUGAAGUUAAAAAUAGAGAUAUUCCACGUGAUGCAUUUGUUGUGUAUCAAGGUCAUCAUGGUGAUUUAGGUGCAUCAUUUGCGGAUGUUAUCUUACCAGGCUCUGCAUAUACCGAAAAGAAUGGAACUUAUGUUAAUACAGAAGGCAGAGUUCAAGCAACAAGAGCUGCAACUUCACCACCAGGUUCAGCAAGAGAAGAUUGGAUGAUUUUAAGAGCAUUAGGUGAAUUUUUAAACGUCGAUUUGAAUUAUGAUGAUGUUUAUUCACUAAGAUCAAGAAUUGGUGAAAUUUCACCAUCACUAUUAUAUCAAGAUGUUAUUGAACCUGUUAGUUCUUCAAUUGCACAAUUAGGUAUCAAUGCAUUAGCUUCACUAGAUGGUAAAAUAACUGGUGCUCCUUUAACUAAUCCAAUUGAAAACUUUUGGAUGACUGAUGUUAUUUCAAGAAGUUCAGUCACUAUGGCUAAAUGUAUUCAAAGCUUUGGUGAAAAGGGUGAUAAAGUCUUUGAUGAACGUCCAGAAUAUGCUAUGGCUUGA